AUGAACUUGCAUCCGUACACUUGCUGUAAUCAAAGUCGAAUACAUUUUCGGCGUGUCAUCUACUUUGGUAUCCCCAUCUUCUCCUACACAGAACUUGAAGUUGCCACCAAUAAUUUUGAUUCUUCUAGAGAACUUGGAGACGGAGGUUUUGGAACUGUCUACUAUGGCAAACUCCAGGAUGGGCGAGAAGUAGAAAUAAAGCACCUCUAUGAGCAUAAUUACAAACGAGUAGAGCAGUUUAUGAAUGAAAUCAAGAUCCUUGCUUGCUUGAGGCACUGGAAUCUUGUUUCUCUCUAUGGCUGUACUUCAAGGCGCAGCCGGGAACUCCUACUUGUUUACGAGUACGUUUCUAAUGGCACAGUUGCAGAUCAUAUUCAUGGUGACCGAGCUAAUGAAGCACCACUCUCAUGGCCAAUUGGCAUGAACAUUGCCAUAGAAGCUGCUAGCGCAUUGGCAUACCUACAUAAAUCUGAUAUAAUACAUCGCGAUGUGAAAACGAACAACAUACUACUCGACAACAAUUUUUGCGUCAAACUUGCAGAUUUCAGGCUUUCAAGACUCUUCCCUAAUGAUGUCACUCAUUUAUCGACUGCCCCUCAGGGAACUCCUGGAUAUGUUGAUCCGGAAUAUCGUCAAUGUUGUUAA